GAGAAACCACAGCAGGGGAACUUAUAAUGACGCAACAGGACGUUGUGUCCUCUUGAUCUUGACUAGAUGAGCAGUUUCUUCAGUGCACAGUUCCUUCACAGAAGAGGGAGGUACAUCAUACUGCAGAUAAAUAGUUGCUCUGCGUGCACGCAGGAAGAGAGAGCAGAGCAAAAGAGGAACUGAGAGAAGGAAAGAACGAAAGAGAGGAAGGACUGUUUACUCCGGCGUGUGCACUGACAGCAGCUUUCAAAAGUACAUCAAGAAUGGCAGACAGUGGCUUUGAGAGGGAGUUCCUGCAGACUCACAACACUUACCGCAAUCAGCACGGUGCCCCUCCCGUCUCUAUUAACCGUGAUUUGUGUCGUUCUGCCCAGGCAUGGGCAGAGCACCUGCUGUCAAUCAAAACCCUCAAGCACAGCAAGGCUGACUAUGGAGAGAACCUGUACUACGCUUGGAGCUCCUCGCCUAAAAAACUUACAGGACGUGAGGCAGUGGACAGCUGGUACAGUGAAAUUAAAGACUACAACUUUAAGAAACCUGGAUUCACCUCUGAAACAGGCCACUUCACUCAGGUGGUAUGGAAGGACACCAAGGAAGUGGGUUUUGGGGUCGCCACAGAUGGGGCUACAAUCUUUGUGGUGGGCCAGUACCUUCCAGCAGGCAAUAUCUCCAACCCUGGCUAUUUCGAGAAGAAUGUCCUACCAUCAGGUUCCCCUGUAGACCUAAAAUCAACCACCUCUGGUCCAGCAGGUGGUGGUGGACAAGCACUUGGUGGACUCAGUAUUCAGCCUAACAAGAUUCCAUCACAUUCUGGCUUUGCUGAAAAAGGGCCAUCGGGGGAAAAGAACAGCAGCUUUGAGAAGGAGUUCCUGCAGACUCACAACACUUACCGCGAACAGCAUGGUGCCCCGCCACUCACCAUAAAUCACGAUUUGUGUCGCUCUGCCCAGACAUGGGCAGAGCACCUGCUGUCAAUCAAAACUCUCAAGCACAGCAAGGCUGACUAUGGAGAGAAUCUGUACUAUGCUUGGAGCUCAGCACCCAAAACCCUUACAGGGCGUGAGGCAGUGGACAGCUGGUACAGCGAAAUUAAAGACUAUAACUUCAAGAAGCCUGGAUUCACCUCUGGAACAGGCCAUUUUACUCAGGUGGUAUGGAAGGACACUAAGGAGGUGGGGUUUGGGCUGGCCACAGAUGGGGCUGCAAUCUUUGUGGUGGGCCAGUACCUUCCAGCAGGCAAUAUCUCCAACCCUGGCUAUUUCGCGAAGAAUGUCCUACCAUCAGGUUCCCCUAUAGACCUAAAAUCAACCACCUCUGGUCCAGUAGACGACGUUGGACAAGCACUUGGUGGACUCAGCAUUCAAACAAACAAGAUUCCAUCACCCUCUAUCUCUGCUGAAAAAGGGGACAAAAGUGAGAAUUUGGCUCAGUUCCCCAGCCAACUGCUGGCAGCAAUGAACCAUUACCGUCAGCGCCACGGGGUACGCCCUCUCUCACAGUGCCCUGUCCUCUCUAAAGAGGCACAGGAAUGGGCAGCUCACCUGGUGAGCAUUAAAACCCUGAAGAACAGCAAGAAAGGCCAUGGAGAAACCAUGUCAUACAAAUGGACGUCUACUUUGACAGCACCUACUGGCGAAGAGGUUGCUGAGGGGUGGUACAAGGAAAGCUCAAAAUACAACUUUUCCACACCUACCUUUCAAAGUGGAACUGGAAACUUCACUCAGAUGGUAUGGAAGUCUUCAGAGCGUGCUGGAGUCGGGAUAGCGACAGAUGGGAAGGGCUUGUUCAUCACCGUAGCCUUUUAUGAGCCAGCUGGCAACAUCACCAACCCCGGCUACUUUCAGGACAAUGUGAAACCUGCUGGAAAAUGAGUGUACACUAACACAACCUAGCUCUCCCAGUAAAACCUGGUUGGCAGCACAAAGUUAAACAUUACAGUCUAGUUGUGUUUUUCAUAGCCAAAGAUUCCAAAGGAUGCAAGUUUAUUUAGAAGUAAGGUGGUGGGAUCCCUUAUUUUAUUUUGCCAAAAUACCUACAUUUCUCACUGGAUUGAAUAUGAUUUUUGCCAUUAUUCUUUGAAGCUUGUCCAAUCUUGCAACAGUUGCUACAAAAGCAAACAUUUGAGAGCAGAGCAUGGUUAGAUCAACUGGACACACUGAGAAUUAGUCAUAAUGGAGUUGGGAGGGAUACAGAUAGAACAAAAAUAUUUUACUGUACUUUUGCCUUAUUUGUUGUUUCCAGUUGAGCCAAAUAGGCUACAUAUCAAUAGGUAAUGGGCUUAAUCAAGUAUUAACAAGGGAUGUUUUGCAGAGGGAUGUAUAAAUCUAAUGAUGGUGUCAUGCAUUUAUCUAAAAUUAAAAUGGAAGAAAUUACUGUUGAUGAUUAAAGAAAUCUAAGAGAUAA